ACAACUAGAUUUGCCAUUUCAUAUCUUACUUUGGCUUGUCUUCAUGAGCUUAAAGGAGGAUUAAUGACCAUGUUCUCUUCCAACACAUGGAAGUCUGAUAAAUUUGCAUGCACAAAGGGUGGGAAGCUGGUGGAGAGCACGAUCUUAGAUGGAAGUUUUUGGGAAGAUAUCACUAUAUGUCUUAGAGCUACUGGCCCCAUAAUUAGAGUUCUAAGAUUGGUGGACUUAGAGAAAAAACCAGCAAUGGGUUUUCUUUAUUAUGAGAUGGAAAAGGUAAGAGAAAAGAUCAAGAUUAACUUCAACCAUGUCAAGAAAAAGUAAGUUGCAAAACCCCUAUAAAAUGGAAUUGAUUUAUUAUAUAUAUUAUUAUUUAUUAUAUAUGUUAUUAUUUUUGCUUAUAUUAUAUUUAUAUGUUUUAAUUUAAUUGGUUUAUUUCUUACAUCUUGUGGCUAUGAACCUAUCUUGAAAAUCAUUGAUGAAAGGUGGGAGUUGCAACUUCACAAGCCUUUACAUGUUGCUGCCUAUUAUCUUAGUCCUCAUAUUCAUUACAAUCCAGAUUUCAAUGAUGGAUUUGCUAUAAAACAAGCCUUGUAUGCUUGCUUAGAAGAUUAGUUGCUAGUCGUGAAGAAAAAACUAAGAUGGAUCUGCAACUUGAAGAGUUCAAGAAUGAAAGAGGCAUGUUUGGCAUUCCAACUACAAUGUCAGUAAGGACCAAAAGGCACCUGAUAUGUGGUGGGAUUCUUAUGAAGAUGAAACCCCUGAGUUGAAGAUAUUUGCCAUGUGUAUUCUUAGCUUGACAUGUAGCUCUUCGAGAUGUGAGCAGAAUUGGAGUGGU